AUGAUCCUUCGAUCCCGAAGUCAAAACUUGGAUCUUAUGGUAACAUCUCAAGACAACAUCCAAUGUUACGUAUACAAAUUACAGCACGUGCUAGCAGCCACGGGUCGUAUUUCGGCUAAGACAUCAGGAAGUAGAGUAGAUAAGACGAAGUUCCUCAUAAUGGGUCUGAGCAUCACGAAUAUAGGAUUGGCAAUGUAUAAACUACGGAACCGCGAUUUAUUGGAUAGAUUUCUCAACAAGACUUCUGCGAGCGAUUCUUCACCCUCAGAAGUUCUCGGGACUAACAUCCGAAACAAAACAGUUUCGACCUCUCAAAGGAUACCCGUAAACAAUUGCCAUCACAAAAUUCUUUUCAUUUCGCUAAUACUUUCAGGCCCCAGUGCGCAUACAAGCCAGGAACUGUUCUACUGCACCAUCCGUAACAUUCCAUCAUGGAUGAGAUCAAAAGACUUGCGACGAUAUUUCUCGGACUUCAGUGAAAACGGGAAAUUCCACUGUUUUCACUACCGACAUCGACCUGAACUUCAGCAAAAGAGCACGGAUGCGACAGUAGAACUAUCGUCAAGUAAAGAAAAUGAUAGCAAGAAGAGUACAACGAAUUGCUGUGUGAUAAGUUUCGCCACGUCGGCUUUAAGGAGUGAAUUCAUUCGUGAGUUUCAUGGUCGGCACUGGAUGAAUAAUGAAGGGAUGGAAAUCCCUCCUCGGUGUUUUGUCACCGCUAUAAAACUUGCGAAUGCUUCCGGGGGAACGUCUGAUUCUUUAACGAGCGCCGACCUACGUCAAUUGAUCGAGCUUCGUCCGCCAGCAGUAAUGCCUCAAGGCAACGUUGGAACUCCAACGAAAUAUUUCAUGGAGCAGGUGAUUAUCUCUUACAUUUUCGCAACCUUUUGUAAAAUCCGCUGCGCUUAA